AUGUUAGGAACACAGAGCAGGAGCCCUCUGAAGAAGCUGAAUCUGCUAUUCUUUUUGUAUUUUAGCUGGACCAGACCAAUUUUGAGGAAAGGGUACAGACAGCGCCUGGAAUUGUCAGACAUUUACCAGAUUCCUUCUGCUGAUUCUGCUGACAAUCUAUCUGAAAAAUUGGAAAGAGAAUGGGAUAGAGAGCUGGCUUCAAAGAAAAAUCCCAAACUCAUUAAUGCCCUUCGGCGAUGCUUUUUCUGGAGAUUUAUGUUCUAUGGAAUCUUAUUGUAUUUAGGGGAGGUCACCAAAGCUGUACAGCCUCUCUUACUGGGGAGAAUCAUAGCUUCCUACGAUCCAGACAACAAGGUGGAGCGUUCCAUAGCGAUCUAUCUAGGCAUAGGCUUAUGCCUUCUCUUUAUCGUGAGGACGCUGCUUCUACACCCCGCCAUUUUUGGCCUUCAUCACAUUGGAAUGCAGAUGAGAAUAGCUAUGUUUAGUUUGAUUUAUAAGAAGAUUUUAAAGCUGUCAAGCCGUGUUCUAGAUAAAAUAAGUAUUGGACAGCUUGUAAGUCUCCUUUCCAACAACCUGAACAAAUUUGAUGAAGGACUUGCUUUGGCUCAUUUCGUGUGGAUCGCCCCUUUGCAAGUAACGCUUCUGAUGGGGCUGUUGUGGGAAUUGCUACAGGCCUCUGCCUUCUGCGGACUUGGGUUCCUCAUAGUUCUUGCCCUUGUUCAAGCUGGAUUAGGGAGAAUGAUGAUGAAGUACAGAGAUCAGAGAGCAGGAAAGAUCAAUGAAAGACUUGUGAUCACCUCAGAAAUGAUUGAAAAUAUCCAGUCUGUGAAGGCAUACUGCUGGGAGGAAGCAAUGGAAAAAAUGAUUGAAAACCUAAGACAAACAGAACUGAAGCUGACCCGGAAGGCAGCCUAUGUGAGAUACUUCAAUAGCUCAGCCUUCUUCUUCUCAGGGUUCUUUGUGGUGUUUUUAUCGGUCCUUCCUUAUGCACUGAUCAAGGGAAUAAUCCUUCGGAAAAUAUUCACAACCAUCUCAUUCUGCAUCGUUCUGCGCAUGGCUGUCACUCGGCAGUUCCCCUGGGCUGUGCAAACAUGGUAUGACUCUCUUGGAGCAAUAAACAAAAUACAGGACUUUUUACAAAAGCAAGAGUAUAAGACCUUGGAAUAUAACUUAACAACUACAGAGGUAGUGAUGGAGAACGUAACAGCCUUCUGGGAGGAGGGAAUUGGAGAAUUAUUUGAGAAAGCAAAACAAAACAAUGACAAUAGAAAAAUUUCCAAUGGUGAUAACAGCCUCUUCUUCAGUAAUUUAGCACUUCUUGGUGCUCCUGUCCUAAAAGACAUCAAUUUCAAGAUAGAAAGGGGACAGUUGUUGGCGGUGGCUGGAUCUACUGGAGCAGGCAAGACUUCACUUCUAAUGAUGAUUAUGGGAGAACUGGAGCCUUCAGAGGGUAAAAUUAAGCACAGUGGAAGGAUUUCAUUCUGCUCUCAGUUUUCCUGGAUCAUGCCUGGCACCAUUAAAGAAAACAUCAUCUUUGGUGUUUCCUAUGAUGAGUAUAGAUAUAGGAGUGUUAUCAAAGCAUGCCAACUAGAAGAGGAUAUCUCCAAGUUUGCCGAGAAAGACAACAUAGUUCUUGGAGAAGGCGGAAUCACACUGAGUGGAGGUCAGCGAGCAAGAAUCUCUUUAGCAAGAGCAGUAUAUAAAGAUGCUGACUUGUACCUUUUAGACUCUCCUUUUGGAUACUUAGAUGUUUUAACAGAAAAAGAAAUAUUUGAAAGCUGUGUCUGUAAACUGAUGGCUAACAAAACUAGGAUUUUGGUAACUUCUAAAAUGGAACAUUUAAAGAAAGCUGACAAAAUAUUAAUUUUACAUGAAGGUAGCAGCUAUUUUUAUGGCACAUUUUCUGAACUACAAAAUCUACGGCCGGACUUUAGCUCAAAGCUCAUGGGAUUUGAUUCUUUCGACCAGUUUAGUGCAGAAAGAAGAAAUUCCAUCCUCACUGAGACUCUGCGCCGUUUCUCAUUAGAAGGAGACGCCGCUGUCUCCAGGAAUGAGACGAAAAAACAAUCUUUUAAACAGACUGGAGAGAUUGGAGAAAAAAGAAAGAAUUCUAUUCUCAAUCCAAUCAACUCUAUAAGGAAAUUUUCUGUUGUACAAAAGACUCCACUCCCAAUGAAUGGCAUUGAUGAGGAGGACUCGGAGGAGCCCGUGGAGAGAAGGCUGUCCUUAGUUCCAGACUCCGAGCAGGGGGAGGCCAUCCUGCCUCGAAGCAACGUGUUCAACACUGGCCCCACGUUUCAGGGACGAAGGAGGCAGUCUGUUUUGAACCUGAUGACUCAUUCCGUUAACCAAGGUCAAAACAUUCACCGAAAGACUGCAGCAUCUACACGUAAGAUGUCACUGGCCCCGCAGGCGAAUCUGACGGAAAUGGAUAUAUAUUCAAGACGGUUAUCUCAGGAAAGUAGCUUGGAAAUAAGUGAAGAAAUUAAUGAAGAAUAUUUAAAGGAGUGCUUUUGUGAUGAUGUGGAGAACAUUCCAGCAGUGACUACCUGGAACACAUACCUUAGAUACCUAGCUGUCAACAAGAGCUUAAGUUUGGUACUAAUUUGGUGCUUAGUUAUUUUUCUGGCUGAGGUGGCAAUUUCUUUGGCGGUGUUGUUGCUACUUGACAGGAGCCCUCGUUACAGCAAAGGGAACGGCACUGCCAGUGGGAAUGGCAGCUCCGCCGUGAUCAUCACCAGCACCAGCUCCUACUACUUGUUCUACAUUUACGUGGGAGUAGCUGACACUUUGCUUGCUCUGGGCUUCUUCAGAGGUCUGCCCCUGGUGCAUACUCUCAUCACAGUGUCAAAAAUUUUACACCACAGAAUGUUGCAUUCUGUUCUUCGAGCGCCUAUGUCAACCCUCAACAUGUUAAAAGCAGGUGGGAUUCUGAAUAGAUUCUCCAAAGACAUAGCGAUCUUGGAUGACCUCCUGCCUCUUACCAUAUUUGACUUCGUCCAGUUGUUACUAAUCGUGAUUGGAGCUGUGGCAGUUGUCUCGGUUUUGCAACCUUACAUCUUCCUUGCCACGGUGCCGGUGAUAGCGGCUUUUGUUAUCUUGAGAGGAUACUUCCUACACACCUCACAGCAACUCAAACAACUGGAAUCUGAAGGCAGGAGUCCAAUUUUCACUCAUCUGGUUACAAGCUUAAAAGGACUAUGGACACUUCGUGCCUUCGGUCGUCAGCCUUACUUUGAAACUCUUUUCCACAAAGCUCUGAAUUUACAUACUGCCAACUGGUUCUUGUACCUGUCAACCCUGCGCUGGUUCCAAAUGCGAAUAGAAAUGAUAUUUGUCGUCUUCUUCAUUGCUGUUACCUUCAUUUCCAUUUUAACAACAGGUGAAGGAGAAGGAACCGUUGGGAUUAUUCUGACUUUAGCCAUGAAUAUCAUGGGGACAUUGCAGUGGGCUGUGAACUCCAGCAUAGACGUGGAUAGCUUGAUGCGAUCUGUGAGCCGAGUCUUUAAGUUUAUUGAUAUGCCGACAGAAGAAGGUAGAUCUACCAAGUCCAUCAAACCAUCCAAGGAUUGCCAGCUCUCAAAAGUUAUGAUUUUUGAGAAUCUACAUGUGAAGAAAGAUGACAUCUGGCCUUCAGGAGGCCAAAUGACCGUCAAAGACCUCACAGCAAGAUAUAUAGACAGUGGGAAUGCCAUAUUGGAGAACAUUUCCUUCUCAAUAAGUCCCGGACAGAGGGUGGGCCUCCUGGGAAGAACUGGAGCGGGAAAAAGUACUUUGUUAUCUGCUUUUUUGAGACUCCUGAACACUGAAGGAGAUAUCCAGAUCGAUGGCGUGUCUUGGGAUUCAAUAACUUUGCAACAGUGGAGGAAAGCCUUUGGAGUGAUACCGCAGAAAGUGUUUAUCUUUUCUGGAACAUUUAGAAAAAACUUGGAUCCCUAUGAACAGUGGAGUGAUCAAGAAAUAUGGAAAGUUGCAGAUGAGGUUGGACUCAGAUCCGUGAUAGAACAGUUUCCUGGGAAGCUCGAUUUUGUCCUUGUGGACGGAGGCUAUGUUUUAAGCCAUGGCCACAAGCAGCUGAUGUGCCUGGCCAGAUCUGUUCUCAGUAAGGCAAAGAUCUUACUGCUUGAUGAACCCAGUGCUCAUUUGGAUCCAAUAACAUACCAGAUAAUUAGAAGAACUCUAAAACAAGCAUUUGCUGACUGCACAGUAAUCCUUUGUGAACACAGGAUAGAAGCAAUGUUGGAAUGUCAACGGUUUUUAGUCAUAGAAGAGAACAAAGUGCGGCAGUACGACUCCAUCCAGAAACUGCUGAGCGAGAAGAGCCUCUUCCGACAGGCCAUCAGCCCCUCAGACAGGAUGAAGCUCUUCCCCCGCCGGAACUCCAGCAAGCACAAGUCGCGAUCCCCAAUCACUGCCCUGAAAGAGGAGACAGAAGAAGAGGUGCAAGAGACCAGGCUGUAG